GUCUCGUUCCAGGGGCCGAACCAGCGCCGGCUCUACAACGACCUGAUGAGAGCCUACAACCCGCUGGAGAGACCCGUUUACAACGACUCCCAGAGCCUCACGGUUCACUUUGGGCUCAGCCUCAUGCAGAUCAUGGACGUGUACUGGAAUGACCAUUAUCUCCAGUGGAAUCCACUGGAUUAUCCGGGUGUGACCAACGUGAGGUUUCCUGAUCAUCUCAUCUGGAAGCCAGACAUCCUCCUCUACAACAGUGCAGAUGAAAGGUUUGACGCAACGUUCCACACCAACAUCUUGGUCAACUCCUCCGGAUCCUGUUCCUACUUACCUCCAGGGAUCUUUAAGAGCACCUGUCAUAUCGAUGUGCGCUGGUUCCCCUUCGACGUCCAGAGAUGUGAGCUGAAGUUCGGGUCCUGGACGUACGGGGGCUUUUCUCUGGACCUGAAGAUGCUGGAGGCAGACACCACCGGCUACAUCGCGAACGGGGAGUGGGACCUCGUCGAGGUUCCGGGGAGAAAGAACGAGCGCUUUUACGAGUGCUGUGAGGAGCCCUACCCGGAUAUCACCUUCACCGUGGUGAUGCGCAGGAGGACCCUCUACUACGGGCUCAACCUGCUCAUCCCCUGUGUCCUCAUCUCCACGCUGGCUCUGCUGGUCUUCCUGCUGCCCGCAGACUCUGGGGAGAAGAUCUCACUGGGCAUCACAGUGCUACUCUCUCUAACCGUCUUCAUGCUGCUGGUUGCAGAGAUUAUGCCCGCCACAUCAGACUCUGUGCCUUUGAUAGCUGAGUACUUUGCCACCACCAUGGUCAUAGUCGGGCUGUCUGUUAUUGCCACUGUGCUGGUGCUCCAGUACCACCACCACGACCCCGACGGAGGCAAGAUGCCAAAGUGGACCCGCGUGAUCCUGCUGAACUGGUGCGCCUGGUUCCUGCGCAUGAAGCGUCCCGGUGAGGACCGGGUGCGGUCGGCCUGUCAAACCAAGACCCGGCGGGGCAGCCUGACCAGCGUGGAGCUCAACGCCGCCCAGUCGGCCAACGGGAACAUGCUCUACGUGGGCGUGCGCGGCCUGGAGAGCUUCCACAGCUCCACGGCCGCCACCUCCCCGGACUCGGGCGUGCUCUGCGGGCGCCUGCUGGGCCGCCCCGGGGGGGAGGAGGAGCUGCUGAUGCCCCCCCCGGGCCACGGCCCCCCCGCCGUCCACCUGGAGCUGGAGCUGGCCAAGAUCCUGGACGAGGUGCGCUACAUCGCCAAGCGCUUCCGCGACCAGGACGAGGACGAGAGCGUGUGCAACGAGUGGAAGUUCGCCGCCUCCGUCAUCGACCGGCUCUGCCUCAUGGCCUUCUCGCUCUUCACCAUCCUCUGCACCAUCGGCAUCCUCAUGUCGGCGCCCAAUUUCGUGGAAGCCAUUUCCAAAGAUUUCUUCACUUGACGAUAUACGAUCGACAAGUAAACAGCAGAGGCACCGGUGAGAGUGAAAGUUCAAACCAACCACUCGCCCCAUAGAGUAAUCGUGUCAAAAGUCAGGGGUUUAAAUGACCCAGCCCUUCACACUUAAUUAAAAUAUAUGUGUUUAAUCCCAAUGUCCAGUUUGAUUCUAAGACUAAACCUUUUGAGGAGAUCUUUAAGCAGUGUAACUUUCCAAAAUACAAAAACAGUUUUUGGCGUGUGGUAUAUCGUUGUUAAAUAAAUGUGUGUGUGGAAAACUCACAAAAAUUUCCAAUUUUGUGGAAGCCAUUUCCAAAGACUUUUUCACUUGAAGAU